AGAUGUGGUGGUGGCGUGUGGCGGCGGCUGUGGUGGUGGUGGUGGGCAGUGGGGCCACCAAGCCUAUUGUCGACCCUGGACUGUUCGUGAUCCAGGGGGUGACGAGCUGCCUCAACGGGACGGGCUACUGCAUGCUGGGUAACAACUGCUCGGUAGACGUGGACUUCCUGCCCGACGCCACGGGCGGCCACUGUAAGGGACUCAGGGACGCCUUCACCCCCAACAUCGACUUCGUCUGUUGCAGAUAUAACCCGCUGGGGAAGGCGACGAGCGAGCCGCCCACCACCACCCUCGCCUCCUUCACCAUCACCGACGCCUUCUCCGUCCUCGACGAGUACGUCCUCCAACAGCAGCAACAGGAGGAAUUAGACUAUGAGAACCUCAACCCAGAAAACCUCAUUGACAUCGUGGGCGUGGUCACUGACUUCACCGGCAUCAUUGGCUUAGUGACACGCCCAUGGACCGGCACCCUGCCCACCCGCGCCCCCACGCCCUCCACCACACCCAUCACCACCACGCCCACCACAGCUGCGCCACUCUCCCCCGCCACACCACCAGACGGCCACAUGGUUCACACUCAAACACCAGCAGAAGUCUUAGAGUCUGAUCAGACGACGGAGGUGACGGAGAGCUACCACGAGGUGCCCACGGACUUGGAGGAGCCUCCCGUGGUGCCUGAUGGGGACCACCAGUCUUCUGCAGUGGUCACCGAAGGCUCAACUCCCCACACUACAACUUCGCAGCGAUCACCAACUCCACCUCCGAAUGCUCAGACCAACAACGGAGCCGAUGAUAUGAACGUCAUCUACCUUCCUCAGUUUCCCUUCCUGAACAGACGUCCUGCAGGAGGAGACACACAAGCUGUUGAGGAAGUACCGGACACGGUGGUUCCUGAUGGGAACUCACAGAGAGUACCGCAACCUCCUGCCGACGGCGGCUCUAAUGAUAUGAACGUUAUUGUUUUCCCAAAGAAUCCUUCCGGGGUGGAUAACCAAGCCCUGGAGCAGGCGACGGUGACGACAGUUCCAGACGGAGACUCGAAGACAAGCGCUGUGGAGGAUUCCACACAGGUGGUGGAGUCGAACAGCAUUCUGGAGGUCCAAGACGGGGGUUCGAGACCGUCGGGGACUGACGGACAUGAUGCGGGACAAGGAGUUGAUGGCAGUGUGGUGGAAACGGUGUCGGGACACGGGAACGCUACUGAAUUGCACGUGCCUGGAAUGUCGGGCGUGGAUGGGCAACAGUCUGGGGUGGUGGGUGUGGGCGGAGUGGUGCCUGGAGUGGGCGGGGAGAUGCCUGGAGUGGGCGGGGAGAUGCCCGGAGAAGUGGAUGUGGGAGGGGAGGAACCUGGGAUGGGAGGUGCUGGAGAGAACAUCGACUACGACUACUACAGCCAGUACCCAGACCAGCUCCUCCUACAGCCAGUCAAUCAAAACAUCUGCGGCUUCAAGGGACUCAAAAAUUACGACCCGCAGCCGUCGAGCAGCAGGAUCCUGGGGGGACUGGUGGCGUCGACGAUCGAGUGGUGCUGGGUGGCAGCCAUCAUGGAGCGUCGACAGGGCGGCGACAAAUACGUGUGUUCCGGCGCCCUUGUCGAGUCCAAUCUGGUUAUAUCGACAGCAACUUGUCUCAAGAGGCUGGACACCCGGGACCUGACUCGAUACCUGGUGGUGCUGGGGGACAGUAACCUCAGGGAAGACCUUCCCUAUGGCAUCCAAUUCCACUCCCUGGCCGAGGUCGACACACACCCCGACUACUUCACCUCUGGAGGCGCCCACGCCAAUGACAUAGGUAUAGUACGGCUGGCGGGUCAGGCCACACUGAGUGACAACGUGUGUCUGGUGUGUAUGGCCCAGCAGGACGCCAUCUUCCCCGCCCACACCUGCACUGUCACAGGCUACGGCAUCGGGCACGUCCCACACACCAUGAUAACAGACGUGCGAGAUGUGGUGCCAUCAGAUGGAGUCCUCCGUCAGCUGUCAGUGCCGCUGUUGAAGAAGGCAGAGUGCCGCACAGCUCUACACAACGUGACGGGGUCCACCAUGCUGGCCUCCUCAGACUCCUUCCUCUGUGCCGGUGGCAUGGACCAAACCUCCGCGUGUUACAGCACCAUGGAUGGAGGUUCCCCGCUAGCCUGCGAGGCCGGGGGUCGAUGGUUCGUGGCGGGGCUGGUCUCCUGGUCGAAGGACUGCACGCAAGCCGGGACCCCCAACGUGUACACGCGGGUCUCCUCCUACACCAACUGGCUCCAGGCCACCUACCUCCGCAUGCUGGGCUUCCUCACGCCCCAUGCCUUCACCAGCAAGCAGCGCUGGAUGUAUCAACACCUCUACAACAUCAACAAGGAGUUUGCCUGAUGGGUCUACCUCAUUCCUCAACAUAGUUAUCAUAUGCAGGCGAGGAGUCACAAUAACUAGAAAGUGAAGGGACGACGACGUUUCGGUCCGUCCUGGACCAUUCUCAAGUCGAUUGUGUCUUGAGUCGACAA